AUGGCGAGUUUGUGCAAAAAGCAGAUUUGCACAAAUGCGAAGCACGGUAUUCGUCAGGACUCGGAUUCGUGGCGGUGUACACUUAUUCGCUGUGUGGGUCUUGAGAAGAUCUUGGACGUGUUGCAUGGGACAAGAGUUUUAGAGGACUUGAGGCUUUUUAAAGAUUAUAAGCCUCCAAGUGUGUCAAAUUGGUUUGAUGAAAAUUGUCUUUUCUGCUGCUUAAGACGAGAGAAAGUGAAGGAACAUGUAGUUGCACUUAAUAACAAAAUUGUGGAAAGUGGAGGCAAGCCUUUACUUGGCAAGGAUCAUUCUAAUAUCAGACUUGAAUGGCAAGUAGAAGAAUUUCUCAAUGCAGUCUUGCACAGGAAAGAAUACACACCGAGGAUUCCGGAUCCUCACAUACCUGUGGUGGCGUGUGAUGCCAUGCAGCAAAUGAUUGGUCAGUUAGUGGUGCAUUAUACCUCAAACAACUCUCAGGGCUCACCUUGGCACAAUGGGAACACAGACCAAAGCUUGUUGAAAGCGCGCUCAAUCACGACACCCACCAUUGCUGCUACGGCUGUCGCCUCUGUGCAGAAUCCUGUCCUCAGUAAGCUCCUCAUGGCAGACCAAGACGCUCCCCUGGACCUUUCAGUCAAGAAGGUCAAACCAGAAAUUGCUGAACUAGAUGGUGUUCUGGAUCUUUCAAUUAAGAAGAAUCGUAAUCAAGAUUGCAUGUCUCCUAAAAACCCUCAUAUGGAUUUCAGCACAGCAUUUGGUACAAGGGACUCUCUGGAUCCGGGUCCUGCUAAAGUAAAAGAUCUGCAGUCAGCUUCCACAUUGGAACACUUCAUGGCUAAGCUUUGUUUGCAUCACCAGCGGCAAAUUAUUGAUGCAUUUGGGUUCUUACAAACUGAAGUCAAGGCUGUGGCUUCUUCUAGUAACUGUCAGGUGUCGUCUUCAGUUGUCCAGGAAAAAGCCCAAAGCUCAGGCUACAGUGAAGCAACUUUUGAAGAACAACCUGAAAUCCAGGCAUCUGGGGAGACGCACACUUUGUCUGUAGCAAUAAGCAAGCCUGAAGUCCAUGAAUCUGCUUUUGGCACAAGUAAUGAAUUUUCACCUGCAGAGCAGCCCUUGAACCCUGAUGGGUCUUUUAUUCCAGCAGUCAAUAUCGGACCUCCUAUGGAUCUUAGUAAGACGGGUAUUGGAGAUGACGCGUUGUCGCCCUCUAACACUGUAGGUGUUGAACACAGAAGUGCAAAUUUUCAACUUAAAUGUCCAACUCUCCUUAUUGUAAAAAACAGAAGCUCUGGCAGUCUUGAAGCCAAAAAUGUAUCUGAGGUGGGCUCAAGAAUUCGGCAUAAUGCUGGCACUUUAGAGCACGACCUGUGCACUUCUGACACACAAUUACAAGCAACUAGCAGUGAGCCUGACAUUAUCGAGAUGUCUUCAUUGUCUUUAGGACAUGAACACUCUGAGCCCAAAUAUUGCACCAUACAAAGAAGCCUUCCUGCACAUGGCAAAGAUUCUACUGUUAGACCCUGUCCAGAUCAAAGGAUCUCACAUGUAAUAUCUCCUAUUUUCCCAAGAACAGCUAGGAAAAGUAGGAGAGCAUCUCGCCUUCGACAAAGGGGUAACCUAAUAUGCCCUCUUAUAAAUGAUCCUGAUAUUAAUUGUGACAUUGUUUAUGUUGGCAAACCAAUUACUGAAUGUGAGCGUCAAUCACAUAACAGUAUGCUUCCACGAAAAAAUGCUCGAAAAAGCACAAGAGGACAUGUGUAUAUUGGGGAAUGCUGGGAACUAAAAACUGUGCGAACUUUGGCACGCAAGUCUGCUGAGAAUGGUAGUGGGAAUUGUCAUGUUCCUAUACCGGAGAUGACCACAUCAGUCACCCCAAAGCAGGCUCUUUCUAAGCCUGAUGGUGUUCCUCCAAUGGACAUUCCAUUUACAGGGGAAUGUAUGGAAACCGUGAUGAACAAAAAAUCCUCAGAUCAGCCAGUGGAGACAGAAAUGCCUGGUGAUGUUGUUGAAGUACAAAAUGACCAUUUGAUUGUUGAAACCAGUCAGACGGGUCAAACCCAGAGUAAAGAACACAUUUCCUCUCUACUUCCAAGUGAGCAAAUUGGUGCAUCUGUACAACAGAACUCCAAUGCAAGGAUACAUGGCAGUGUUGCGGACAAUGUUGAACUUGAAGAUGAGCAAGGAAACCCUAUGGAUACUAAUAUAACAAAUAUUAAUGGAUCCACUGAAAAGGUGGAGCCUGCAAAGGAAUCUGUAGAGGCUCCAAUAUCCAAUAUCCAAGAUGGCUUAGAAAAUGAGAUUCAGAGUCAAAAGGUAGCCACAGAGUCAUUGUUGGGCAUAGUAUCUACAGAUAUAGCCCAAGAUGACAGAUCAGAUACAGAAAGUACAGGAGUAAGGAUUGAUUUGAAAGAGCAGAAUGCUGCAGUGGAUGAUCUACAAACAGAGACCCUACAACAGGUGGAAUGUCUAGAAAUGCCUGUUGGGACCUACACUGAUAAAAAUGCAGAGUUGCAAAUUACUGGCAUGACUAAAACAAAUCUCCAAACAGAAGAUGGUAUCAGUGUAACCCAAGAUAAAAUUGGGGAAUCGAGGAUGCCAGAUUUAAGUGUUGAUGAAAUUUCUCUAAAAGAAAUGCCUAAAGAGGGGCUGGUGCUGAAUACUCUUGGAGGUUUUACUCCAAAAAAGGUUGUUCCAAAACAUGCGUUCUCAGACAGAUGUUUGCGUAGCAGAACCAAUCAAAAAAUAGUUACUGAAACUUCAGGUCAGAAGGAACUGGGAGAUUUGCAGUCAGAUGACCAAGAUCCCAAUACUCUAGAAUCUAAAAGACAUUUGAAAUCUUUUAAAUUGAAACCAAUUGAAGAAAAUGUGCCCUGUAUGGAUAGUCAGAACAGUGCAAAUGCUACAGAGAAUGUUGAGGAAACACAAAGGUCUACCCUUGUCACAAGCAGUGAUGUUUUGGGAAAAGUGGAUAUGGUAUGCACGAGACAGAAGCAAAGGUUAAAAAUGACUGUGAAAGAAGCAGAUAUUGACAAAGGGCAGAAGGUCAUUGAGUUCCCAACUCCAAAAAGUGAGCCCAAACUAGAAUCACAUGAUAUUGCAGAUAAUGUGGGGGUUGCUCCACCUGAGACUGAUAAGUCACCUGAAAAUAAAAUCCCUGGCAAGUCAUUAAGGGUUUUUGAAAGAAUGCCUCUUAGAAACAGGACUGGUCAAAUUGAACAACCUAGUAGCAAGGCAUCUUGUUCAGCUGUCAAAAAUGGUGCACAAGCCAGUGAACGAAUGCCUUUGAGAAACAGGAACAGCAGUGCUGUUGAUCAGCUGAUUGGUGGAGAUUCUGGCGGUUCCCCCACUGGAGGCCAUUCGGAGCGGUUGGAACGGAUGCCUUUAAGAAGCAGGAAUGGCUGUAUCGCUGAACAGACUGUCUGCAAAGAUUCUAGUAUUUCUCCCAAUAGAAGCAGUUCAGAGGGUGUGACGCGUCUGUCCCUGAGGAGCAAAAAUAGUAGCACAACUGGUCAGCAGAUCACUGAAGAAUCCCCUGAUAUAAUCGGAGAUGCGUCAGGUUCUCUUGUUGAACAACCAAUUAGUGAGGACCUUGGCCUUACCAGUAGAAAAAUGGAGAGCACUGGAUGUAUGCCUCUAAGGAGUGCAAAUGUUUCAGUAGCAGAACAGUCAUCCAGUAGUAAUUCAUGUCCUUUAUCAGUUGCUUCAGAAAGUCCAGGUCGUAUGUCAUUAAGAAGGAGCAAUACUUCUAUUGCUGAAAAGCCGGAUCACUUGGCAACUCCACCCAAGAUCAAAAAAAGUUCUCAGAGACCUCAGAGAUUGUCUAAAACAUCUGUACCUCCCUCGCACUUGGAGGCAGAACAAAGUCCUAACAUUGCUAAAUGCAAAACUGAUAAGCUUUUUAAGGGUGGAAUGAAAGACUCUUCUUUGCCAGAAAAUUCAUUAAUUUCUGUUAACCUACCGCCUGUGGUUCCUAGUCAAUCCAAGUUUUUGGAGGCAUUAAACAGAGAAGAGAACCAACAUUUGAUUUCAGAGUUAAAUACCAAAUUUGAAAAGAUGCAGAAAGGGUGGGUUCAGAUGGAUAAAGAGGUACAGCCUGCACCACGACCAAAAAACAGGGCUGACAGGCUAAAAGAAAUCUGGAAAAGCAAACGUAGAAUUAGAAAACCAAGGUCAUUAGAGCAGCAAAAAUUCUCUCCUGUGCAAACAUUAUUUAUGAAGUCUUUUGACCUUCCCAGUAUUUGUCGGUGGUUCUUGCAGACAACUGAAACAAAAUCUCUAGUCAUUGUAAAGAAGGUAAAUACUAGGCUUCCAUCUGAAACACAAUUGUGUUUUCACACCUCUGCAUCUGUGCCUGGGACCUCCAAUGGAGUCUUUCCAAGUCUUCAGGCUGAACGCUUAAAAAAGCAUCUGAAAAAGUUUGCUAUUGUGUCUCCUGUGAAGAGCAACCCCAAAACCAAAAGGCUAAUUGCUAAAGCUUUAGCCCAUGAGGCCUUGAUAUCACAGGGUAAAAUAAAAACGGAGUCGAUCGCUGCCACCCGGAUCUCUUCGAAGCCUCACAGCUAUACAGGUCUGAUACAAACGCAGCUCCCUGAGAGCCAUAGCAAGGGCACAGUCGUGAAAAAUCCAGCAAGUGCCAGAAUUCUGAGGAAAUAUUCCAACAUGCGUGAGAAAAUGCAAGUUCAACAAAACACAUUAAAACACCUGGGGCGUUCACGGGAAGAGACAAAGCAAGUGCAUAUAAUGCCAAAGAAUGUCUCUAAAGAGAAGCUGUCCACAGGUAGAAGACAAAAGUCAGCCAUUGUCACAAAGGUAAAAGCCUUGGCUAAAAAAGUCAAAGAAAAGUCUGCUGUAAAAGUGAGGAUCCCAAAGAGGAGUGUCAGUAGAGCACUAAGAGAUUUAAAUGACAAAGAUGGUGUCCCACCAAAGGGGACGCUCCUAAAAGUGGCAAAAUUCAAUCCUAUAACUGCUACUAAAACUUUGAGUAAAAAAGAGAUGCUGAUGAAAACUGACAAGUCUCCACAAGCUAAACCAGACAUCAAGAAGUCACCUCUUUCUAAAGCUUCUGAUUUGUCUCCAUCUCAGAAUGCCAGCAUGAAACCUUUAUCAGAAGACCAAGUAUUGACUAGGUCUCAAAGAAAGAUUGAAGCCACUCAAACUGGAUCCCCAAAAACAACCACCAAAAGAGGCACUGAACCCUUGGUCACUUCAGCAAAACGUACAAGGACUUCAAAAUGAUUGUGAAAGAUGAGCAGAUACGGACUGCAGUUGCAAAUGAAUACUGGUUAUCUGUUUCAGCAAGUGAGAUUUAUUCUUUUCUGUAUAGACAUGCUUGAAAGGAAACUUUUGAAGGGAUAUCCUUUUACAUGCAUCUUCUAUACAUUUUUUUUUCCCUCUCCUCUCUCUUUCAGUGCUGGAACUGUGCAAGUUGUUUUGUGAGGUCCCACAAAAACAGUGCACAGUGCAAAGGUUUGCUACUAUUUUCACAACCAAAUGUAAAUUGUGCUUAUAGUACUAUUUUUUUUUUUUUUUUUUUUUUUUUUUUUUUGCUGGGUUAGUUUUUUCAUGGAUAUUAGAACUGUUUUAUUCUGAGUAACCAGUGGUAUGCACUUGUUAUUACAGACCUACAGUGCAACACGCUAAUGUCCAGAUUUGAAGUGGUUGUCCGUUGGUCUUCAUUACAAAUAAUUGUGGUUGAGUAUAUGGUGUUUGGCGGAAAAUAUUAUUAUAUUUAUAAUUCAUCAUUCCUGUUAGCAAUUAGUAAUGCUUGUGCAACUUUGAUAAUGUGCCUUAUUAAGUAACAGACUGUUUCUUAAGCCUCAACAUCUUUAUUGCACAUAGAUGUCAUUUUGUUUCAACAUGGGCCUUAUAUCCAAGGUCCACCUGUGAGCUCUGUUUCAUGCAAACACCACACAUAUUGAAUUAUUUCUUCUAAACUUGUUUUUGAGUUCUUGGUAAAUUCUUUAUUCUUUUACACCUAUAGGUGAUACUCAGAGCAUUAAAUAUAAAAAAAAAACUUCAACACUCUGUAACGUCCUUGUGGUUGUGUUGUGGUGAUGUUUACUGGUGUCAUUGUUAUUGCGUCUUACAUGUUUGUUCUUUGCUUUCAUUGCCUCUGUUCCAUUAGAUCAUUUUUCUCACUGAUUCCAAUAAUUAGCUAAGUGAAGCUAAAUGUUUUAUGUAGUAUUACUAACAUGAAACAUAAAAUGGCUAACUAUAAAUGAUGAUCUGAAAUGACUUGUCAGAGUAGUAUUACUUUAUUUUGUAUGUUAAAAUGUCAGCCAUCUUUCAGUCUUCAUUCUACUGAAUAUCUUGACUAAUUUUUGGAUCAUUGUACAGGUUGUUUUUGUUUUGCUAUGAGGCUUACAGCAGGGUGGAGGCAGAGGGUUUUUAUUAUUUAUUUAAAAGCUGUGUAUACAGUGGAUGCUUGAGCUGGAUUUCCUAGCCUAUGUUUGACUCAAGAUGGAAAGAGAGAACUUCACUUUUGUGUUCCUUAGGAUUUGAAGUCUAUGCAUGCACAAUAAUGUGCCUCUGAAUAUUGUACAGAGAACUGACUUUUUGGUUUGAAAAAUCCUUUUUUUCAAUGUUAUGUCUACUAAAUGGGUCACCAUUCAAUACAGGUAGAUUUGACCAGAAUGAAAAUGUGAUUGCUUGGAGUGUAUUGUCCACCAGCUAACAAUGCAGGUUUCGGUGCAGAUACUUCCUGUCAUAGAUAAUGUCAAUUUAAUUGUGGUCAAACUUUUGUUUCAGUGCUGAGUCUAGUUAUUACAGAGUUUGAGUGAAUAUGGUAUCAAUUAGCCUAAUUUUUAAGUCUUUCAGUUGACUUAAACCUGUUUUCCAAAAUUUGAUUUGCUACCAUUAGAAGAAUUAUUUACUCCCAUUACAGGAGUAAACCUGUGAAAAAUUGUUGUUCUUUUAGGGUGCUAUUUGGUGGCGUUGACUUGUCAUCUCAGUCUUUUAAUAUUUUACUUUAGCACAACUGUCUUUGUUUUUCUUGCUUUAAAAGUAAUAUCUUGUAAAUGCAAAGCUAUUAAUCUUUAGAUUUUUAUUGAUAUUUAAUGUUACCAUGGGUAUCAUUGUCACAAAUUGAUUCACCCACCAAAUACCAGACUUGAACAUUUUACUCUUUACUAUUGAUAUUUAUAGUUUUGGGGUUUGUAUAUUUGAAAAGAGAACACAGAUUUAUUUGUGUAUUGUUUUUAAGUUUGCAUUUUCUUGCUAUAACUGAGAUAAAGUGUUUGAAUUGAA